UGAAAACAUUUACUCGCGCUUAUUUAUUCUAAAUCGAAAUCAUGUCUUUCCCUAUACAGAUCUCACAACUGACAGCCGUUCGAACCACAACUGAUACAAGAUAUUCUGAAAAGGAAUGCAUAGACCGCGAUAUUUCGAUUAUUUCUGGCUAUAAGCGCCCAACAGGGUUGUACGGUUUUAGCAACAGCUUUCGCACCCAGGCCACAGCACUUACUCUCCUCCAAACACUUUGACGGUGCAUGGAACAAAAAGUCACUUUAGAGUGUGGGGGAGGGGUCUUGUAUAUAAAAGAGAAAAGUUCAAAUCUCUUCUCUAGUGUGCGAGGUCUCGAGGACAUCUAAAGGUUUUCACGAAAAGAAAAAAAAAAAAUUUAGGGGCCAUGUAUAUUUCAGAAGGCGAGUCACGCCUUAGGCCGGUACAUAAAUUCACGAUUUACGCUUCGGGGAGUAUCGCUUUUUAUGUCAUACUCUGUGCUGGGGUAUAUAUUCGGGGACGGGGCUCUCGUGCAUCCUCUGUCACGCUUUGCGUGACGUACAAGUUUAUUACCCAUGAGUCUAAGUAAGUUUGGAAACCCACUGGGGUCUGGGAACAGGCGCGAAUUUUAUUUUCAAGAUGGAGGAAUGUUUCAACAAAGUUGUAUCUGUUCACGUGAAAUCUACAAGCCGAGAAAACAGAAAAUCUGUCGUACGCAUCAAUGUAUCCUUUCGCUCAGUUUCUUCCCCAACGAACAAAGAACUUGUUGUCCGGAUUACGGAUGAAGAGGAUUUGUGCUUUCUCUACAAUCUCGUUUUAGGAGAGAGUGAUUUCCACACGUUAAAAAGUCAACAAGGUUUGCUGGUUGAUUUUUGUGCCUUUCCUCAAAAGUUUAUUGAUCUGUUGGAGCUUUGUCGGGAAGAGGAACAACGUGACAGUCCAAAAUUUCUGCUACAGUUUGUUGUUGGGAGUGGUUUAGAUCAAGGUGUAGCCAUUCUUCAUGUGGUAGAGACCAACCCAUUCAAACAUUUGACACACCUGUCACUGAAAUUCCUUCCUGGAUCUGAUGCAGAAGUCAAGAAAUAUCUAGCAAACUGCCUUAAAAAUCUGCAGGAUGAGAAACAAAUUUUAGAAAGGCGUCUUGCCAAUACAGAAGCUGAUCUUCAACAAAAGCUUAGUACCUGUCAAGAGGUGCUAGCAAUCAAAACAAGAGAAUUGAGCUCAGUUCAGUCAGACUGCUCUGCCAAGUCAUCUCAGUUGGAAAACAAGCAAGCACAGGAACUGGCAGCAGAAAGGGAAAAAGCACUACAGAUGGUCACAGAAAAACAACAAACAUUUGAGAGAAAAAAGAAAGAGCUGGAACAGAAUCACCAAGCAAAGAUAAUGAGAUUAGAGGCCAGGCUCAAGGAUGUUGAAGACUCCAACAGAGAAUGCAAAUUUGCCAAGCAAGAACUUCACAAACUUCGCCGUGAAAAUGGUUCACUAGAUUCAGAGAGGCAUGAACACAGUAAAACAGUCAGUCAAUUACAGACAAGAGUGGCUGUCUUGGAACAGGAAUUGAGGGACAAGGAACAGGUCAUAGCACGCACCAAUGAACUGUUGGAAAAUUCUAAUGAACAGCGUAAAAAACAAGAGAAAUUAAUGGAGGAAAAACAGGAACAGAUCAGUAAAAUGGAAGCUAAUAUGAAAUCUGUCACUGCUGAUGUGAUCAAGGGAAAUGAAAUCAUACAAAGAUUACAGUCAGAACUACGAACCUACAAGUCCAAGAUGAAGCUUAAGAGUGUGGUGAUGACUAAACAAGAAAAGCUUCUUGAAGAAAAGGAAACAGCUCUUGAAAAACAUCGGCAGGAAAAAUCCAGCUUGGAAACAACCUUGAGGAAUAAAGAGGAAGAGUUGAAGAAGUUGAGUGAGUCAUUGGAGACAACCACAGCUAAACUUGAAGAAAGUAAACAGCUGCUAAAGACAAAUGAAAACGUUAUCAACUGGCUGAACAAGCAAAUGAAUGACCAGAUGAUGUCACAACAACGGCUGGGGCCUUUUGAAAUGCACACAAAACCUGUCUCCACGCGAGGACCGCCUCUAAUUCCCUACAACAAGGUGACGAGCACAACAGUGAGCUCCACCGCCUCAACGGGAAAUAGAACAGACAUUCCUCGUUUCUCGGAGCCAGCUCAGAUCCCCUACAGAAAGCCCGGUCCUCGUCAUGGACUUCUUCCUCAGCCAGUGGGGCAGUCGACUCCCAAUGUACCAUCAGGUGUGCUGCCUCCAUCUGGGGGUGUCACCCCUCUGACCGGUUUGACCCACAACACAGAACCCUUUCUCGACGCUAAGUAUCUCCAUCCUACUGCAAAUGAGGCUCAGAGGACUGGCUCCGAGCCUCCGCUCAUGUCCGCUUAUUUUCCUAAACCACGUGGUACGUUACCUACCACAUGAGCACCCGUAUGGAUGGCAAGUGUCUUGUGAGAGGGACUUUUUGGAAAAUGGCCCUGCGAAUCAUUGAUUUUUUCGCACGCGCAGAAAGAAUGCGUGAUUUCAUCUACAGUGAAUUUAACGUUAGGUCCGAAAGACGCGGCCUAACAGGCCAGUUUUUUUUUUUCUCUCUUUCGCCCUACAACGGAAAUUACUCCUUACGAGGUUUCUUAGCUUCGGGUUAUUUUCUUUGAUAUCAACAUGCCGAGGAUCAUCAUGGCUAGAUAUUGAAAGCUUUCUCGGUCUCUGAAUAACUCUAUGCUCGCAUUUACAUUGACCAUCCGAACUCUAUCAAACUAACCGUAACCGCAUUAAUCUUUCGUAUUUUUCCCCAUCGGUACGAUUUUAUCAGCAGGGAACAGUCCCUUUGCGGUGAAGUUUUCGCAACAAGAAGUAUGAAAACAAUGGCCAAAUAAAUAAAAAAACAAUAAAUGAAAGACUUCGAAGUUUGAAAGAAAGCAGGGUUGUGCGUUCGACAUUAGUUUUUUCUAAAGUAAUUUGGUUGUAUGAACUGAAUUAAUAAUGUAAAAUUAAAGGUGACGAUUCGAACAUUAGCCCUUUGCAAUUCGCUCUCAAGAAGGGCUCAUGCUCGAAACGUUAGCUUUGAGAUUGCCUGCGGUGGCCAAUUUUCAUUAUCAACUCCGUUCAUAAAACCAAAAUUAGCUUGUUACUUCCACUGACGUAGCACCAGUUUUUUUAGAAACGUACCUCCUUUAUUCAGUUUUUCUAAAGAAGUAUUAGUCACAAGUGUGUCAGUUGUCAACAUAGCAUUUGAAGCAGGCUUCGGAAAUCGUUGUUUACCAAUGUGCUGCAGUAAUGCAAGGGGCUGCCUUAUGUACAUACCUAUGGAAUAAAAGUCUUGGAAAUGUUCAACUUU